AUGGCGCAUCGCGGCGAGACUUUCCACAAAGAUGUAUGUUGCAUCGCAGACUUGAAGGAGCUGGGGAGUCGGCGGUUAUCUCCCAUGGCGAGGGACUAUUACAACGAGGGCGCUAUGGAUCUAAUCACCCUGCGCGAGAACGAAUCGGCAUAUGAUCGGUAUAAAAUCCGGCCCAGGAUCCUGGUGAAUGUGGACAAAAUCGAUACUAGCACAGAGAUACUGAACACCAAGGUAUCCCUCCCUUUCGGCUUUAGCCCCGCCGCCUCUCAUAAACUAGCACACCCCGACGGAGAACUUGCGACAUCACGCGCGGCGGCCAAACAUGGAAUUUGCAUGGGCUUGUCAUCCUAUUCGACCUACCCGCUUGAGGACGUGGCCGCCCAGGGUUUGGGGAAUCCGUAUGUGAUGCAGAUGUGUGUGCUGAAGGAUCGAUCCAUCACCGUCCAGUUGCUGGAGCGAGCGGAGAAGGCGGGAUACAAGGCUUUGUUCUUGUCGGUCGACGUGCCUGUACUGGGCAAGCGGUUGAACGAGUACCGCAACGAGUUUCGCAUCCCGGAUGAUAUGGCCUGGCCGAAUAUCCUCAGCUACGGAGGCGACUCCUCUGAUCGCACCGACUAUGACCCGAGUCUGGAUUGGGAGACGGCGAUUCCCUGGCUGCGACAGCACACAUCGCUUAAGAUUUGGUUGAAAGGAGUGUCCACCCCCGAGGACGUGGAACUUGCUAUCCAGCAUGGCGUCGACGGGAUUGUGAUCUCCAACCACGGCGGGCGCCAGCUGGACGGAGUCCCGGCUACCCUCGAUGCCCUGCGAGUGUGUGCCCCUAUUGCCCGGGGUCGCAUUCCGAUCACUGUUGACGGCGGCAUUCGUCGAGGGUCGGAUAUCUUCAAGGCGCUGGCGCUGGGAGCGAGUUACUGUUUUUUAGGGCGAAUUCCAAUUUGGGGCCUCUCGUACGAUGGCCAGGCAGGAGUCGAGCUCGCGAUCAGGAUCCUUGCUCAGGAGCUGAGGAUUACCAUGGCGCUGGCUGGGUGCCGCACCAUCAGCGAAAUUAAACAAAGUUACCUGUCGGUGCUGCGCUCCGACGGUCUCCUGGCGAAGCUUUGA